GUUCGCUCAUACGCGUUUUGAAAGGGAUCCUGAGGCUGCUUGUAGGUAGCGCAGCCUCAGAACAGCGCAGUCGGAAAAUGCAUUCAGAUGCCAAUUCUGCAAGCUGGUCCGCGGCUUCGCGGUUGAGGUCAUUAGAACAUUUAACGAGGUCUUCGCAAAGCAAUUCAAAGGCUGUGGGCAAGCGAAGACCACUUGCCGCGGUGCAUCUGCAAAAUGACUGCACGACAAAGUCGGAUCUCUCACUGCCCCCUGCGCGCAUUUGCGAGCUCCUGCACAAAUUUGGUGCAUACUUGUCCUCGUCUCUCAAGUAUCACCUCAAUUUAUCAACCAGCAACAAUGCAGGCCCUGGCCACUCGCCCCUCGGCUAUCCGCCCCACCAAGGCUGCUCGCCGCUCCUCGGUGGUUGUGCGCGCUGAUGGCUUCAUUGGCUCGUCGACCAACCUGAUCAUGGUUGCCUCGACCACCGCCACCCUGGCCGCUGCCCGCUUCGGCCUGGCCCCCACCGUGAAGAAGAACACCACCGCUGGCCUGAAGCUGGUGGACUCCAAGAACUCGGCUGGCGUCAUCUCCAACGACCCCGCUGGCUUCACCAUUGUGGACGUGCUGGCCAUGGGCGCUGCUGGCCACGGUCUGGGCGUUGGCAUUGUGCUGGGCCUGAAGGGCAUUGGCGCUCUGUAAAUGGGCUCGCCGCGGCUCGACAUGAGGAGGCACGUCCGUUUCACGGCGUCAGUUUUGCCCUAGCAGUGUACAGUAACGUGUGGUGGUUGAGGUAGAACGUCCCAGCGGAGGCGCCUGGCUGCGCAUGGGAUGCACGGCCAGCAUCGUGGCCAUGGAGCUGACGCAGGGACGAGGCGAUCAAGAGGCGAGAAGAUAAAAUCCGAGUGACAAGAAACUCGCGCGGCCGCUAGCUAUGGCACCCAUGGUACCAUGCGCCGCCUAGCGCUGUUGUGUAACGUCUGGCCGUGUG